GGAACCCGAAUAUACAUCAGGAGCACCGCUAAACUCAAGCAAUGGCUUCAGGGUUGUGCUCAUCUCUCAUACUCUUGGUCAUAAUAUGUCUUCAAAGUCCACCAGGGUUCAAUGCCUUCCCGCAAAUGUCUCUUUCCAACCUCUUCACAAACGCUGUCAUCCGAGCUCAGCACCUUCACCAGAUGGUUGCAGACACCUACAGAGACUAUGAAAAAACAUAUGUACCCGAAGAUCAGAGAUUUUCAAACAAGCACUCAUACUCAGUGUAUUGCUACUCAGAAACCAUCCCGGCACCAACAGACAAGGACAAUACUCACCAGAAAUCAGAUAUGGACCUCCUCCGCUUCGCGCUCACGCUCAUGCAGUCAUGGAUGACCCCAGUCCAAAUCCUCAACAGAGUCUUCGCAAACAACCAGGUGUUCGGGAAUAUUGACAGAGUCUACGACAGACUGAGGGACCUCGAGGAAGGAGUACACAUUCUCAUAAGAGAGCUGGAUGAUGGAAACGUCCGUAACUAUGGUCUGCUGACUUUCACAUAUGAUAAGUUUGAUGUCAACCUGCGCAGCGAAGAAGGCCGCGCAAAGAAUUACGGUCUUCUGUCCUGCUUCAAGAAAGACAUGCAUAAAGUAGAGACCUACCUGAAGGUCAUGAAGUGCCGGAGAUUUGUGGAGAGCAACUGCACCUUUUAACUAACAAUCAGGAAAUUGAAAUAUUCUCCAUAGUCCCCCCCCCAUCUCCCUACCUCUUGCAGACACGUGCUGCAAUUUUAUAUCUUCAGGAGGUAGGGAAUCUAAUAAUAUUAUAUACAUUCCUGACCAAUGCACAGUUUUUGCAGAUGUAAUUUUGCUUUGUGCUUUUCAUGUCUUUGUACGUUCUUACAAAAAACAAACCCAUCAAUAAAAUAUAGAAGGCAUUUACACGA